ACAAUUUGUUAAUCACUAAUGCAGGUAGCAUUUGUUGCAAUAGGAGCAACAAUGGUAGGAAGCAUCACGUUCACUAGAGAAAAGGGUGACUACAUCCAUAAAGGAGACGAGUUUGGAUAUUUCUCGUUUGGGGGGAGCACUGUUAUAUGCGUAUUUGAAAAGGAUGCAAUUCAAAUAGACGAGGAUCUUAUUUCAAACAGUGAAAGAUCCCUCGAAACGCUAGUUUAUGUAGGUAUGAGAUUGGGUGUAGUUUCGAAGAGGGCACAGGCCGUGAAAGAUAUAUCAAGAUUGGAGCAGUGCAAGCUGGAAGAAUGACGCUGUGUACUGAUUGGAUGGAUUUUUUUUUUUUUUUUGUAUAAAAUAAAACUUCAUAAACAUUUUUCUGCAAUUCCCUCUGCAGAGUAGGGGGGUGCAUAUUAAUGUAUAUUGUACCGAUACAGCUAAGGAGGACGAUGGGAAUGCGAUUAUUUUAACCGUAGGUUUAUGUAUGAAGCUAAUCUACUGUCGUAAUUGUUAAUAGAAUUGCAUAAACCGUUACUUA